UUAACGGCUCAUCCGACGGUCACACUUAGCUAAUUUUUGUGCCAGGAAGGAAAUUGCUAGUUAUAGUUCACAAUUGGAAAAUUAAGUUAAAUUGAGGUGAUAUUUCAGUCCGCCUGAGUGAGCAUGUCGCUAAAUUACGAGGAGAUGAGCUGGUCCGAUGUACGGGAUCAGUUCAGGAAGUGGCGCGAGGAGACAGGCCGCCACAGCGAGGAGGUCGUCCAACUGUGGGUGGCUGUUCUGGAGGACAAGGUUCACAAGACCGGCAACGAGCGCCAUCUCAUUCUGGAACAGGUGAUCAUCGCUGCCCUGGACACUGCCCGCUUCGACAUUGCCACUCAGUGCACUAAGCAACUGGCCCUGGAGUUCCCGGGCAGUUUGCGCGUAAUGAAAUUUAAGGCGAUGCGCUAUGAGGCUCUUGAGCUGUACGACGAGGCCGACGAGGUCCUGGAUGCCAUCAUUGCCAAGGACGAAACUAAUGCCGCGCCCAGAAAGCGCAAGAUUGCCAUUCUCAAGGCCCGUGGUCGCCGCCUAGAAGCCAUCAAGGAAUUAAAUGAAUAUUUGAAGAAGUUUAUGUCUGACCAGGAGGCCUGGCACGAGUUGUGCACCAUGUACCUGGCUGAGGGAGAGUUUGGCAAGGCAGCGUUCUGCAUGGAAGAGGUUCUGCUGCACAAUCCCCACAGUCAUCUGAUACAUCAACGUUUGGCGGAAAUUCGCUAUACAAUGGGUGGCGUCGAAAAUGUAGAAACGGCUCGAACUUACUACUCCCAGGCCCUGAAACUGAACCCCCACAACUUGCGUGCUCUUUAUGGCAUUUACUUGUGCUGCAACUAUUUGGCCAACUCUCGAGCUGUCAGCUCCAAGCGCAAAGAGCUGCAAAAGCUGGGCCAGUGGGCCCUUGAUCAGGUUACGGAACACACCACAAAACAAUCCACAAUCAAAAACAACGAUAAACUGAUUCUAUCAUUGGAGGCUGCCUUAGGAAAUUUGGAAAUCAAAUCGAAUUGACCAAUAUAAGCACUAAUGGAUAUCAAAUCAUUUGUGCAAUAGAUGCCAGAAAGUAAUGAUUCCAAAUAUUCUCAGAAAUGGGUUUCCAGUUUCUGUUUCUUAAGCAAGUUACAUAGAUAAACAUGAUAAAUGGGAGUAAAACAGAGAAUUUUAUAGUCAGUGCAUCCGAGCUAGUAUUUUUUAUGUUAAAGUAUCGGUGUCGGCUUUGAGCUCGGAUAAUUUAUAACCUUGAACUAUUGAGGUAUGCGAUGAAUAGUCCUGUAAUAAAUUUAGAAAAAUCAAAUAUCAA